UUUAAUCGGGAGAUAAUGAAGAAAACCAUAUUCUUCCCAGGAAAGAUGAGAGUGUCUUUCAGGAAGGGUCCAUCUGGCCACCUGAGACAGGACCCUUCAGAGGAGGGUAUGAUAAUUAAAAAAAAUCCUUCCCUUCAGGACAAGUCUGGCGCUCAGAAGCAUGAGCAUGUGAGGACAAAUGCUCUCACUGAGGUCCUUCAGAGGGGAGGGGAUGUAUCCGACCGACUCGAGGUGAUGGGGGAGUACGUGCUACAGUUCGGAAAAUAUAAGGGGAAACUGUACAGGUGGCUCCUAGAGAAUGACGUCGGCUACACCCUCUACUUGAUGGACAAGGUGGACGAGGAGGAGAGAGGUGGGACCUUCAACCCCCAAGGGCCUAGCAAGGACAGCCUGCUGUCGUUUCUGGACUACGCCAGGAGCUUCCAGGAAAUUGAGGAUCUGAGGAAGUACCUGUGCUCCAGGAAGCCUGCCCCACCAGUGGCGUCAGAGGGGGAACAUACUGUCGGCUUUGGAGCCAGAGCCAAAGACACCUGGAAGCAGAUCUGGGAUAGCAGGUCUGAUGGUUAUGCUGCCUUUGUUUUAGGAGUGAAGUGCAUCACUAACAGCAAGAUGUACAACCUUCAGCAGUAUAUCCUCAAGCAGCAGAGGGCUGAGUCCUGUCCACCACCGGCUGAAGGCUGCAUUGCAUCAGCUACCUCCACUCUGACAUCCAGCACUCCAGUGAUGGAGGAGGACGAGGAGCUGGAGAGGGCGAUGUUGAAUCUGUCUCCUUCAAAACUCUACACUGAACGAAGGCCACCAGCAGCAGUCUCCAGAGCCCCGGCUGUGUCCACACCAACAGGAAUUAACAUGUCAGCAAUGAUGCUCACAGGACUUAUCCAACUGCCACUGCCACUGUGUCCAGACCCGAUGGACCUGCUCCUCUGAAAGCCACAGUGAAGGCACCGCUGCCGGUCCCUCCUCAGCUGCUCGCAAUUGCCCCAAAGCUCGGGAUAGAAGAGCAGGCGCCAAAUGUGUUGAGACAAAAUUCAUCCCCACAUAAUAUAGCCCCUGUGGAAGCGCAGGGAGACACUGUCCUCGAUGAAGAUCUGCCUUGUCCAGCGCCUCCUGUCCCUCUGGUCGCACCACACCAGCCUGCAGCCUCUGUUCCGGGCUAUAGUGAGGAUGUUGCCCACUGGAACUGCUCGCACCAGCAGAACAUUUGGAUGAAGACUGAGUUGGACACAUUGGGUCUGUGGCCAGGUUCACGUCCAGUGAGACACCUAAUGAACAUGUUGUCCCUGUGGCGUUAUCCGCCUCAGCCUGAGCUCAUAGACUCAAUCUCUAACCUGCCUUCACCCAAGUACUAUCAGCUUCAUCCAUAUUUAAUUUGGAAGCCAGAGCACGCGAUCAUGGAGAGGGUGAGAAACAACUUUGUCUUGCCCUGUCUCUAUGGUUGUCCGAACCCUCAGGUAGUUUCUUCUGGCAUUGGAAGGCCAAGAGUCAUCCUUGGGACAAGCGGCCAGUACUAUAUUUUAGCUUCACGACUCACCUGCAAGGUCUGCAAAAAGUACUGGCAUGCUGACAAGCCCCAGUGGCUGGAGAAGCUACCCCAGCGCAUCAGCAACAUCGUGCCGGCCUUCCUGACGCACAAAAAGGCCGUCUGCAAAUCUGUACUGGAUGAGAUGAGGCGCAGCGGCAGAUCCCCAGAGGACAUGUCCAAGCAGCUG